UUGAUAGUCUUUAUUUGGUGAGACAGCAUUUUCGUACUUUCUUCUACUUCUUUUGACACGGUUUUCUGGACGCAUUGUAACAGCUGAAGUCUCUGUUUAGUAAGGCCGGCAUCUGGGGCUUCUCCUGAAAAGUUCUCCUGACUGCUGUUUUCCUGUGUGGCCCUACACUUCUGCUUUCCCUGUAUGUCUUGUCUCUUCUGUUGGAACAGGAACAUUAUAGGGAAGUAAGGUGGCAACACGACGCCAGAGACCCCACACAGGGUUUGCUGCUGCUGUUCUUGUUCUUGUUGUGGAUCAUCGUUCAGUGACAACUUCCCUGCACUAACUCUGUUGCAUCUAGAUUCCUGUAGCGUGUAGCCACUGACUGCUACAUUUUGUUACUUUCGUGGUCAGAUAAUAAGUGGUCAGAAAUUUCCUUAAAUGCCUGAACCAGUGAGUCCUCCAGUAUUUGCGAAGCGGCUCUGUGUGUCUGUUAGGGCACACUUUCAAAGCGCAGACAGUUUAUGAUUGUGUUUUCGCCUUCAUUGCUUCCUUGCACAUGGCCUUGCGGUCACCCAGAGGGGAAAGAUGGGAGCCCUCUCGGGUCUUACCUGGGCAUGUGCAUGGGCUCCUAGAUCCCCAGGAAUAUAUCAGUGCUGUUCAAAGUCCCCUGUGAACAGCCAUUCCCCAGGCUGAGUGCAGUGGUGUAAUCACAGCUCACUGUAGCCUCAACAACCUGGGCUCAAGUGAUCCUCCUGCCUCAGCCUCCCAAGUAGCUCUGACUACAGGCAUGCACCAGCACACUCAACUAAUUUUUUAAAUUUGUUAUAAAGACAGUCUUGCUAUGUUGCCCAGGCUGGUCUCAAACUCCUGAGUUCAAGCUAUCCUCCCGCCUUCGCCUCCCAAAGUGUUGGGAUUAUAGGCGUGAGCCACUAUACCUGGCACUGGUGCUUGUUUUAAGAGGUUCUCAAAAAUCAAUACCAAACUUAUUGUAUGUUUAUUGAUCACUUCAUAUGUAGUGCCAGUUUACCCUUUCGGUGGGGUGGGGGGCGAGGAAGAGACAAAGAGGUGAGUGUUUAUGUGUGUCUAGGUACCAGGGCAUCAGAAGCGACUCUGAAGACCUCACUAAUGGGCUGUUCCUUUUUUCUGUGGCCAGUGUUUGUCCAACAUGAUGCUGCCCAGCUCUACCUCAAAAUCUGGAACCUGAUAAAGGACCAGAUCGCUGAUGUGGACUUGGCGGGGAGGCUGCAGGCCCUGUAUAUGAUCCGGAUGAAGGACUCUUUGAUUUGCCUUGACUGUGCCGUGGAGAGAAGCAGAAACAGCAGCAUGCUGACCCUCCCACUUUCUCUUUUCGAUGUGAACUCAAGGCCCCUGAAGACGUUGGAGGAUGCCCUGCACUACUUCUUCCAGCCCAGGGAGUUAUCGAGCAAAAGCACGUGCUUCUGUGACAACUGUGGGAAGAAGACUCGUGGGAAACAGGUCUUGAAGCUGACCCAUUUGCCCCAGACCCUGACAAUCCACCUCAUGCGAUUCUCCAUCAGGAAUUCACAGAUGAGAAAGAUCUGCCACUCCCUGUACUUCCCCCAGAUCCUGGAUUUCAGCCAGGUGCUUCCGAUGGCGCGAGAGAUCUGUGAUGCUGAGGAGCAGCCCGGAGGGCAGUAUGAGCUCUUCGCUGUGGUUGCGCACGUGGGAAGGGCGGACGCCGGUCAUUACUGUGCAUACAUCCGGAACGCUGUGGACGGAAGAUGGCUCUGCUUCAGUGACUCCAAUAUUUGCUCGGCAGGAGACUGCAUAUCUUCUGCUUUACAUGAAGACAGAAUGCUAAUGACUAUGCCCAGAACCUUCAGAGAUGGACGCACUAUCAUUUUCCACUUCCGUCCUGGAUCUAUGGAGUCUUCUAAGAGAUUUCACGAUGAGGACAAGCAUCGUUUUCCAACUAUAUAGUUGAGCCUUAUUUAUAAUCAGGGAUAUUAUCAAAAUAUUUAACACUGAAACCCUGCAGGACCUGAUCAGUCAGGAUGGACACUUUCACCAGUGGACCUGGCCACAUGGCUGCUGGGUCUUGGGUGCUCCCGGCUGUGGUCAGCCCUUUAGGAGCCUGUGGGAGGUCCAGGUGCUCCACAGAGGACAGCAGUGGCGGUGGGGUCAUCUGGAUGCUAAGGGUCGGUGGCAGUGGGUAUUUCAGUAUUUCACAACUGCUGUGCCCAGACUUGUGUGUACUGGCUGAAUAUCAGUGCUGUUUGUAAUUUCUCAGUUUUAGAACCAAUAUUAAUCCAUAUAAAUCAA